AUGUCUGUCGUCGGUGUAGAUUUCGGUACUCUUAACACAGUCAUCGCGGUCGCAAGAAACCGUGGUGUCGAUGUUAUCACAAACGAAGUUUCGAAUCGUGCAACUCCUUCCCUUGUAGGAUUCGGACCCAAAGCCAGAUACCUCGGUGAACCAGCGAAGACACAAGAAAUCUCCAACCUCAAGAACACUGUUGGAUCCCUCAAGAGAUUGGCAGGUAGAUCGUUAAAGGACCCAGAUGUCGCUUUAGAACAAGAUUAUGUCUCGGCUCCUCUCGUCGACCUCAACGGUCAAGUUGGUGCGGAAGUCACAUAUUUGGGCAAGAAGGAAAGAUACACUGCCACUCAACUCGUGGCUAUGUACCUGAGCAAGAUCAAACAAACAGCUUCUGUUGAGUUGAAGCUUCCAGUAUCAGAUAUGGUCAUGAGCGUACCAGCAUGGUUCACCGAUGUUCAACGUAGAAGUUUGAUGGAUGCUGCUGAGAUUGCCGGUGUCAAGCUCCUCCGUUUAAUGAACGAUACCACUGCCGCUGCAUUGGGCUGGGGUAUUACUAAAUUGGAUCUCCCAAGUCCAGAGGAGAAGCCCCGUCGUGUGGCUUUCAUCGACAUUGGCCACUCCAACUAUACCGCCUCGAUUGUGGAAUUCAGAAAGGGUGAACUCACCGUCAAGUCAACUGCUUACGAUAGACAUUUCGGUGGACGAGACUUCGACAAGGCUUUGGUUGAGCACUUUGCCGCAGAGUUCAAGGAGAAGUACAAGAUCGAUAUCAAGACCAACCCCAAGGCUAUGGUCCGUGUUGCUGCUGGUGCCGAGAAGUUGAAGAAGAUCUUGUCUGCUAACGCCAUGGCUCCUCUCAACAUUGAAUCUUUAAUGAACGACGUUGAUGUUAGCGCCAUGUUGAAGCGUGAGGAGCUUGAGGCACUUGUUGAGCCACUUCUCAGCCGGGCCCAUAUUCCUCUAGAGCAAGCUCUGGCCGAUGCCGGAUUGAAGGCUGAGGAUAUCGACAUUAUCGAACUUGUUGGUGGUUGCACACGUGUCCCAGCUCUUAAGGAGCGCAUCCAACAAUUCUUCGGAAAGAACCUUUCCUUCACCCUUAACCAAGAUGAGGCUAUCGCGAGAGGAUGUGCUUUCAGCUGCGCCAUUCUUUCCCCAGUUUUCCGUGUCCGCGACUUUGCUAUUCACGAUAUCGUUAACUACCCAAUCGAAUUCACAUGGGAAAAAUCCCCAGAUAUUCCAGAUGAGGAUACCAGCCUUACCGUUUUCAACAGAGGUGGAAUUAUGCCUUCAACCAAGAUUCUUACUUUCUACAGAAAGGAACCAUUCAACUUAGAGGCCAAAUAUGCCAAGCCAGAAUUACUCCCCGGCACAAUGAACCCAUGGAUCGGAAGAUUUACCGUGAAGAACGUUAAGGCCGACUCGAAGGAUGACUUCAUGAUCUGUAAAUUGAAGGCACGUCUCAAUUUACACGGUAUCUUGAACGUUGAGCAAGGUUACUACGUUGAGGAUAUGGAAGUUGAGGAGCCAAUCCCAGAGAAGGAUGGAGAGAAGAAGGAUGAUGUGAGUAACCAAAUUUCUGAUACCAUUCAACCCUAUUCCGAAGACGAGCGUAUCGCAAAACGUCCCCGUUUACAGGGACAUGAUAAACUAACACACACCACCAAGGCUAUGGACACCGAUGAUAAACCAAAGACCAGAAAGGUUAAGAAGCAAGUCCGAAAGGGUGAUCUUCCAAUUGUUUCUGGUACCGCUUCCCUCGACACCUCCGCCAUUGCCACUGCUUCUGAACAAGAAAACACCAUGAACAUGGAAGACAAAUUGGUCGCCGAUACCGAAGAGAAGAAGAACGAACUCGAGACUUACAUUUACGAAAUGAGAAGCAAGAUCGACGAUCAAUAUGCCGAGUUUGCAAGUGAUGAGGAGAAGGAGAAGUUGAAGGCUAAGCUUGAGGCUAGCGAGGACUGGCUCUACGAUGAAGGUGAAGACGCAUCCAAGGCUGUCUACGUAUCAAAGAUGGACGAUAUCCGCAUGGUAGCAGGACCAAUUGCUCAACGCUACUUUGACAAAGUCGAAGCUGAGCGUGAGGAAGUCAGGAAACAAGAAGAGGCUGAGUUACAGAGGAAGAGAGAUAUGGCCGAAGCUGCUAAACAAGCUGCGAUGGCCAUGGAGGCAGCAGAGAGUGGAGGAAACGGUGAUGAAGUCAUGACAGAUGCUGAAAAGGUUGAGCCAGAGGUUGAAGAGAAGUAAACAGAAAACAUAUGAAGUGAAAGGCGAGGGAGUUGGGUGGAAAUAAAUAGAAUAGGCGAGACGUACGUUGUGGUACAACUGCGAAGCUAGGAAUGAUCUUAUAGAAUGAAUGGAUGUUAUGAAUAUGAAUACGAUAAAUGGAGUUUGAAUGGAAUGGAG